AUGUUUUCUCCUCUAACCCAAUCCUCAUUUGAGGUUUUCGGAGUGGCGGCUGAUAUUGCUGACAUCCCAAAUGGACAUGUUAGAAUGUUCAUCUAUUAUCUGGAAGAAAUUGCAGAAAGAAAUGUACUGUUUGUUUUAUUGCCUGAACCUUUCUACAGCUAUAACAUCAGUGAAUACCCAUUCAUUUUUGUACCAUUGUUUGAAAAGGCAUUGGCUGUAGCCGAAGUGAAACGAAGUGAUUUUAUGAAGUUUGCUGAGACCUUGGAGAAACAACCGCAACCAAAAACCUACUUUUCACGAACACAGCUCGCUGUGGUAGUUACGUUGUUAGGAGAAAUGCUACACAGGUAA